AUGUCUGAACACAACAAGCACAGUCCAUCAUCAUCAUCACAAUUUUUUGGAGAUAUUGAUGAUGCCUUUGAUAAAAUCAUUCAUAUGGAACAAAAUUUUUAUGAGAAUGGAAAGGAAUUAGGAAUGCAACAUGCUGCAUUGGUCGGAAAGGAAGAAGGAUUUAAUUUUGGAGUGGCCUAUGGAAGAAAAGUCGGAAAGGAAAUUGGAGAAUUGAUUGGAUUAUGUAUCUUUUUAAAAAAUUAUUUGAAGAAUGAUCAUGAAGAACGAGUUUUAUCGGCCACAAGAGAAAAAAUUAUUUCCACAAUUUUACAAAUUGAGAGUUUGGUGAAGGAUUUCCCAUGGGAUAAUCCUGCUAAUGGUUCAGUCAAUUUAGAAGAAUUUGUUGAAAAUUUGAGAAAUAAGAAGAAGCUUUUAGAAAUUAGGUCUAAACAAAUUCUUGGAAAAGUGACUAGUGUACAAAAACAACAAGAUUAUUCAUUCUAA